AUGACGGCAGAGAAGGUCCUCGAAAUCUUCAAAGGGAUUUCUGACGAUGAAAUUGACAUGUUAGGAAUGGACGCAGAAUACGCUCGUCCGGCGUGGAUGAUUAUCACCGUCUUGCCGGUUGCUCCUUUGGCGGUUAGACCUUCAGUCGUCAUGGGCGGAUCAGGCUUACGAAGUCAGGACGAUGUUACGCAUAAAUACUGUGAUAUAAUCAAAAUCAACAAUUCAAUCAGAAACAACGAAGCACAUGGAGCAGCUCCUCAUGUAAUUGCUGAUGAAGUCAAGCUUCUUCAGUUCCACUGCGUUACUGUCAUGGACAACACGAUUCCUCGUAUCCCAAAAGCCUGCCAGAAAUCUGGGAGACCUCUCAAGUCCAUUUCUGAAAGAUUGAAAGCCAAAGAAGGAAGAGUUCGAGGAAAUCUGAUGGGGAAACGAGUCGACUUUUCUGCACGAACUGUGAUCACAGGAGACCCAAAUUUGAACGUGAACCAAGUUGGAAUUCCAAGAACGAUUGCGUCCAAUCUAACCUAUCCGGAGAUCGUUACUGCGUUUAACAUUGACUACUUGCAGGAGCUUGUCAACCGGGGUGCAAAUCAGUAUCCAGGCGCCAAAUACGUGAUCAGAGACACGGGAGAGCGAAUCGAUCUGCGAUACCAUCCAAAGCCAUCUGAUCUGCAGCUUCAAAUCGGCUACCAAGUCGAGCGACAUCUUCGAGACAACGACGUCGUUGUUUUCAACCGACAGCCAACACUGCACAAGAUGUCAAUGAUGGGUCAUUUAGUCAAAGUUCUUCCUUGGUCGACUUUUCGAAUGAACUUGUCUGUUACGUCUCCGUAUAAUGCAGAUUUUGAUGGAGACGAAAUGAAUCUUCAUGUGCCGCAGUCGAUGGAGACACGUGCUGAAAUCUUGCAAUUGGCGCUUGUGCCGCGGAUGGUGGUCACUCCGCAAUCAAACAGACCUGUCAUGGGAAUCGUCCAGGACACUCUUACGGCAGUCAGAAAGCUGACAAAGCGAGACACCUUCAUCGAAGUUCCAGAUUUCAUGAACCUGAUUCUCUUCAAAAUCCAAUGGAACGGUCGCCUACCAGUCCCCGCUAUUCUCAAACCACGACCUUUAUACACAGGCAAACAGCUUUUUGAGCUUUGUCUUCCAGAAGGCGUCAACUGCAUUCGAAACCACUCGACGCACCCCGACUCUGAGGACAACAGUAUCUACCGACAUAUUUCCGUAGGCGACACUCGGGUAGUCAUCGAAAAUGGAAAAUUCGUAUCCGGGAUUGUCUGCAAAAAGACUGUCGGUGCUUCUGCCGGUAGUUUAAUUCACGUAAUGUUCAACGAAAAAGGAGCAGAUGUGACUAAACGCUUCUUUUCCGACGUUCAAAGGAUGGUGAACCAAUGGCUUCUAGUUGAAGGGCAUUCUAUCGGAAUCGGAGAUACCAUUGCAGAUGCUGCUACGUAUAAGAGUAUCCAGGCGCAGAUCCGGAAAUCCAAGACAGAUGUGCUCGAAGUUAUCGAGCGAGCUCAUAAUGAUGAACUUGUUUGCACGCCUGGCAAUACGAUUCGAAACACAUUCGAAAAUCAUGUCAAUAAGAUCCUGAAUGAUGCGCGAGACAAGACUGGUGGAUUGGCCCAGAAAUCCCUUUCGGAAUUUAAUAACUUCAAACAAAUGAUCAAUAUCUCUCAAGUCAUCGCCGUGGUCGGCCAGCAGAAUGUCUCUGGGAAGCGAAUUCCGUUCCAUUUUAAUCACCGUUCUCUUCCUUGCUUUAUGAAAGAUGAUUUUUCCCCAGAGUCAAAGGGCUUUGUGGAAAAUUCUUAUCUAGCAGGUCUGACUCCGACUGAAUUCUUCUUCCAUGCGAUGGGUGGAAGAGAAGGGCUUAUUGAUACCGCGAUUAAAACUGCCUCGACAGGAUAUAUCCAGCGACGUCUCAUUAAAGCGAUGGAAUCGGCAGUGGUCCGUUACGAUGCAACAGUGCGAAAUUCUAAUAACAAUAUUAUUCAAUUCCGUUAUGGAGAAGAUGGGCUUGCUGGGGAGCAUGUUGAGUUUCAGAAUCUAUCAUCCAUUAGACCUUCUGAUAGACUCUUUGAAAAACGCUUUAGAUUCGACUACUCGGAUGAAAAAUCUCUUCGAAAGCAUCUUGCAGAAGACGUUAUGAGAGAAGUACAGUGUUCAGAAGAUGUGCACAACGAAAUUGACAACGAGUUCGAUCAGCUUGUCAAGGAUCGCGAAGCUGUCCGAUCGAUUUUUCCACGGGGAGAUUCCCGAGUUGUCCUACCAUGCAACAUCGAAAGAAUCGUCUGGAACGCUCAGAAAAUCUUUAAUCUGAACAAAAUGUCUAAGAGCGAUCUUCUUCCGAAUUCAAUUGUCGGCAAAGUGCAAGACUUAUCGGAAAAACUGAUCAUCGUCAGUGGAAAUGACCGACUCUCUCUGGAAGCACAGAACAACGCGACAUUACUUUUCAAAAUUCAUCUUCGAGCAUCUCUCGCGUCGAGAAGAGUGAUUCAAGAAUAUUAUCUCAAUAGUGAAGCUUUCGACUGGGUUCUUGGAGAAAUUGAGUCUAAGUUCAACGCAGCAAUUGUUCAUCCAGGUGAAAUGAUCGGUGCUCUCGCAGCUCAGUCAAUCGGCGAGCCAGCUACUCAAAUGACGCUCAACACCUUUCACUAUGCCGGUGUGUCCGCCAAGAACGUUACUCUUGGAGUUCCUCUGCGUAUAUUUCUCCUGGGCGAGGCUGCCAAGGACGCGGAAAAAUGUAAUGACGUACUUGCGCUUUUGGAGCACACAACCAUGAAAACUGUAACUGCAAAUACAUCAAUCUUUUAUGAUCCGGAUCCGAUGAAUACUGUGAUAGAAGAAGAUCGGGACUUUGUAUCGGUUUACUAUGAAAUGCCGGAUAUUGAUGUGGACAAGAUAUCACCGUGGCUGUUGCGAGUUGAGCUAGAUAGAAAAAAGAUGACGGAUAAGAAGCUGUCAAUGGAACAAAUCUCGGAGAAAAUUCAUGAAGGUUUCGGAGAGGAUCUCCAUUGUAUUUUCAAUGACGAUAACGCUGAAACUCUCACUCUUCGAAUUCGAAUCGUCAACAACUCGGGCAAAGAGGACGACGGAGAUACUGCUGAGGAUAAAAUGGAAGACGACACUUUCCUUCGCUAUAUUGAAGCUAAUAUUCUAUCCGACAUGACACUGAAGGGAAUCGAACAGAUAACUAAAGUCUACAUGAGCAUGCCAAAAGAAGAGUCGAAAAAGAAAAUCAUCAUCAACAAAGAGGGUGAAUUCAGUGCGAUUCAAGACUGGAUUCUAGAGACUGAUGGAACAGCACUUAUCAAAAUUUUGAGCCACCCAAAUAUUUGUGGAAUAAGAACGACGACAAACGAUAUUUGCGAGUUGUUUGAAAUCCUCGGUAUUGAAGCAGUGCGAAAGGGUCUUGAAAGUGAGAUCAAUAACGUGAUCUCCUUUGACGGUUCGUAUGUUAAUUACCGUCACAUGUCUAUGCUUUGCGAUGUCAUGACUUCCCGUGGCUAUCUUAUGGCGAUCACGAGACAUGGUGUAAACCGACAGGACGUCGGUGCUCUUAUGCGUUGCUCCUUCGAAGAAACCGUAGAUAUUCUAAUGGAGGCUGCUUCGUCUGCAGAAAUAGAUCCGUUAACUGGAAUCUCUGAAAAUAUUAUGCUUGGUCAGCAGAUUCCUGGGGGCACCGGAAGCUUUGGUCUCGUCCUCGAUGUUGAAAAGUGCAAAGACGGGAUGGAGGUACCCCGCAAUGUAGGCAACGAACAGCGAGGAGUGUUUUUGGAGGAGGCCACUUCCCCAGGCUACUCACCAGUUUCACCGAGCUAUGAGCCAAAAUCACCGAUGGCUGCUAUUCAGUCAGGCGAAUCAUAUUCGCCUUCAACGCCGACUUACAUUUCCGAUGGAUAUUCUCCAACUUCUCCAAGCUACUCACCCACGUCCCCAAGUUAUUCUCCUACCUCGCCAUCAUAUUCGCCGACCUCGCCAAAUUAUUCCCCAACUUCGCCGUCUUACAGCCCAACUAGUCCUAGCUACUCUCCGACCUCGCCUAGCUAUUCUCCUACUUCGCCUUCUUACAGCCCAACUUCCCCCAGCUAUUCGCCGACUAGUCCUAGUUACUCCCCUACCUCUCCUUCAUAUUCUCCUACUUCUCCCAGUUAUUCUCCAACAUCUCCUUCCUACAGUCCGACAUCACCAAGCUACUCACCAACAUCUCCAUCCUACAGUCCUACAUCUCCAACUUACUCACCAAGUAGUCCUAGCUACAGUCCAACAUCGCCGAAUUACUCACCCACGUCUCCAAGCUAUUCUCCUACAUCCCCUAGUUAUUCGCCAACAUCGCCUUCUUACUCACCAACAAGUCCCGCAUACAGCCCAAGUUCACCAAAUUACUCGCCCUCGUCUCCAGUUUAUUCCCCAACAAGCCCAAGCUACACGAACAGGUCAUUCAGUCCAUCAACGCCGACGUACUCGCCAUCUUCGCCAACGUAUACUCCCACAACAGAUGGUCAAACGCAAGUUCGCUACUCUCCAACAUCACCUACUUAUUCACCUUCAAGUCCAAAUUACAGUCCAUCAAGCCCUGCGUACUCGCCCUCAACUCCUAGACAGUACUCCCCGGCAUCUCCAUAUUCGCCCACCUCUCCGAGCGACACAGUCUUCUCCCCGAAGACUCCAGACACACCAGAAAACGAAAAUAAUUAA